GUCACGACCCCAGGUCUAGACUCAUUCAGGUUUUAACAUGGCAGUCUCCGCCGUGAGUCGGGCAAUGGCGCUGCAAGCGCGUGCUGGUCGGCAUAUUGCUUUUGUCAGAAAAAUUCCGUGGACCGCGGCGGCGGGUGAGCUGAGAGAACACUUUGCUCAGUUUGGCCGUAUACAAAGAUGUAAUUUACCUUUUGACAAAGAGACUGGCUUUCACAGAGGCAUGGGUUGGGUUCAGUUUUCUUCAAAGGAAGAACUUCAGAAUGCACUACAGCAGGAAAAGCACAUUAUUGAUGGAGUAAAGAUCCAUGUUCAAGCUCAGAAACCAAGAGUUUUGCAAGAAGAGGCUCAAACAUCUGACGAAGAGAAAGACUUCUGAGAUGAUUAUUGUCUUAGCCAGUAAAUAAAAGUAACUGAGACUUUU